UUCCGGUUUGUCCAAGCUCAUUUGCUCCUGUUAGUGGGUUCAACUCCCUUCUAGCCUCGGUCUCUCUCCACACAGGUACUGGUCUUUCAAAGGCUUCAUCCUAGUUCUUUAGCAGCUAAGAGCACACUCCUACGAACUUCGGCUUAGUCAGCCAACAGUAGAACACCGCCUGAUUGCCGCCGCUCUACGUCCGCGGGGACGUCUGGGAGUUGUAGUCCGGACCAGCGAACCGUUGUAGUUAGGGACAACAUGGACGGCCGAGCACCUUUGCGUCUUUCGCAGGAACUCGUAUCGCUGCGUGAAAGUCCUUCGGGGACAUCACCCAUCUUUUAUUUGCAACCUCUGGAGCCCAGUGUCGGUUUCGUUAGUGGCUCCACUUCUACGGACCUAGGAGAAGGUUCGUCAGCAUUGGCUUCCACGCUUCCUACAACCUGGCCCAAUGAAUCUGUGAAGUUUGAAGAUGUAUCACUAAGAUUUACCAAGGAAGAGUGGGCACAGCUGGAUCUCCAACAGAAGUGUCUGUACAGGGAAAUCAUGAUGGAGAACUACAGUAACAUAAUUUCAGUGGAGAAUCACUUUUCCAAGCCAAAUGUGAUACCUCAGUUAGAAGAAGCAGAAGACUGCUGGCCAAUGCAGAGAGAAAUACCUCAAGAUACUCUUCCAGAAUGUUUUGGGCCUUUUCUGGACCCUGGAAUAAAUUCCUUUCCUGCUGAGAGUCCUCUGAUGAAGAUCAAGGUUGUUGAGGUCCUUACAUUGAACAAGGAUAUGGCUGGUCCCCGAAAUGCCCUGAUUCAAUCCCUCUAUCCAGAAACUGGGGAAGACUUGAACCCAGGUAACCUCAAGCCAACUCAACAGCCAAGCAAGUGUUUUACUGACACUGAAGCUUCGCGCCAGAAGUUCCGACAUUUCCAGUAUGAGGAGUCAGCUGGUCCCCAGAAGGCUGUGUCCCAGCUUCAUAAGCUGUGUCACCAGUGGCUGCAGCCCAAUACACGUUCAAAGAAACAGAUUCUAGAGUUGCUGGUGCUUGAGCAGUUCCUGAAUGUACUGCCUGAGAAGUUUCGGGUGUGGGUAGAGUCACAGCACCCAGAAGAUUGCGGAGCAGCUGUGGCUUUGUUGGAGAAUAUGACCUCAGUGUCUAAGGAUGAUGCAUCUUCUUCAGUUCAGCUUGCCUGUGCUAGUGAGACCACUGAUCAACUAAAGGAGAAGGGGAAGGAUGUGGCCAUCUUACCAGUUACUGUACCACCUGAGGAGCCAGUGACUUUCCAGGAUGUGGCUGUAGACUUCAGUCAGGAGGAGUGGCAGCUACUAAGUCCAAUGCAGAGGACCGAGUAUCAUGAUGUGAUGCUAGAGACCUUGGGCAACUUGGUGUCUGUGGGGUGGGAGCCUACAUUGGGAAACAGAAAGUUAACUCCAGACUCUCCCAUUCCUGUGGUAAAACCAAUUCAUGACCCAGACCCAAAUGAUCUCUCAAGGAAUUGUACCCAGUCCACUGUCUUUGAAAGUAUUUUACAAGAUGGGGUCCAAGACAUGCACACCAUAGAAUCAAAUCAAGUAGGGCUUCUACAGGAAAAAGGCCACCCUCAGAAGAAGCUCUCUGAAAGCUCCAAGUCUAAGGACCAAACUAGUCUUCACAAAAGCCAACACUCACUCAAUGAAGUUCUUUCUAGAAAACAUGUAAAAGUUAAGCAGAAGAGCACUGGAAAGGGGAAAGGCAGGACAAACACCAUUUCCAUGACACGAGGCUUACACAUAAGAAAUCAGCAGAAGGACUCUGUGGAGUGGCAAGACAGUAGUGGCAGCAAUCCUAUAACACAUAGCUCCUCUAUAAAAAAACACCAACAGGGUUCUGAGCAGGGAAAAGCUCGGACCAGCAGAGAUCUAAUUACACUUACUGUGCCUGCAGAUUUUUACCAGAAAGCCACUGGCUCUGAAGAGGGUAGAUUUAGGGACAGUAGUAAUGCCAUGGUGCCUGAUGUAUCUACAAAGAUUCACCAGAAAGGCCAUGAAUGGCAUAAAGUUGGGACAAGUAACAAUUCCAUGUUCCAAGGUUCCUCUGUACAAAAUCACCAGAUGGGGUCUGGGGCAGGAAGAGCCAGGGACAACAGUAUCUUGACACAUGCUUUACCUGUAAAAAUUCACCAGAAGUGCUAUGAAGAAGAUAAAAUCCAAGGAAACAUGAGUUCAUUGAAAUGUGUAAAACCUCGCCAGAAGGGAUCUAAAGGGGAAAGAGUUGGGGAACUUAGCAAUUCCGAAAAACAUGUUCCCUAUAUAAAAAAUCACUUAAAGACCUCUGAAAGAGGAAAAGGCAAGAAAAUCAGUGCUUCCAUAAAAUGUGAUCCCUAUAUAAAAACUUACUACAAGGGUUCUGCAGUGGGAAAGCUAAGGAGAGCCAACAAUUGUGGGAAAGCCAUCAGCCGGCAUGCUCAGCAGAUAUUCUUCAUAAAAACUCACAAGGGGAGCCAAGUUUACCGAUGCAGUGAAUGUGGUAAAAUGUUCCGAAAUCCUAGAUAUUUCUCUGUCCAUAAGAAGAUCCACACUGGAGAGCGGCCUUACAUGUGUAUGGCCUGUGGGAAAGCAUUUGUUCAGAGCUCCUCCCUCACACAGCAUCUUAGAAUUCAUAGUGGAGAGAGACCAUUUGAGUGUUCAGAGUGUGGGAGGGCCUUCAGUGACCGCUCAGCCAUCUCUCAGCACCUGAGAACUCAUACUGGAGCUAAGCCCUACCAAUGUCAGCACUGUGGGAAAGCUUUCCGCCAGAGUUCCCACCUCACCAGGCAUGCGAGAACUCAUACUGGGGAGCGACCUUUUGUGUGCACCAAGUGUGGGAAGGCAUUCACACAGAGCUCAAAUCUUAUUGUGCAUCAGAAAACACAUGGGAUAAAGUUCCAGAAGCAGCCCAAAUCAUAGCCUUUGUGCCUUUCAAAGCACUAUUUUUUAGGCCUUGAGAUGUACUAUGCAGACAGAGUAUGAUAGAUAGGCUUUGAAUAAGGAGAGCACCACACCUUAAGAACAGCUCAGGAUACCACCUAGCAGGUGUGAGUGAAAUCAUCAGGGAGUUCUUAAUUGCCUCAUUUAUCCUCAAAAGGAAAUAAAAGAUCUGAAAAUGCGUCUAAGGUUAAGAAGCCAAGUACCAAAAAUUGCACUGAUAUUGUAUGUAGAUGAAUAAACCAUUAUCUUUGUGUGGAACUUUUGUUUUCUGCUGUGAUAGCUGUUUUUCAUUUUCAUUUGAAUACAUCUGGAAUUAAUUAAAACACUAGCAACCAAGUAUACCUUUGAGGAAUUUUUUUUUUUUCGUAAUUAGAUCAUUUGAAAUGGGCAAACCCACUUUUAAUCUGGAUUGCACCUUCUACUGGCAACCUAUAUACAGGAUAUGGAAGAAGGAAGCUUGCCCUCUUUUCCUGCUUGCUCUCCCUAGCCAGUCUGUUCCUUAACUUGCAUUAGAGUUUACUUAGAGGUUCUGGCAUCUACCACCUGAGACAUCCUGCCUCAUCUAUUCUUAGACCUUCACUGAUAAACAGCCAUUGUUGUACUAGCUGGACUACAUCCCAUAAAUCAUUCUAAUGAAUAUAUGUGUAUGUAUAUGCACAUGAGAAGAGAGAUUCAUUCUAUCAGACCCGCUACACUACCUUGAAUAAUAUCUGCUUAAUUAAGAAUCUUGUUUGUUUGGUUUUUAUUUUUGAGGCAGGAUUUUUCUGGGCAGGACUGACUGUCCUAUAACUCAUUCUAUAGACUAGGUUGGCCUUGGACUCAGAGAUCCUCCUGCCUCUGCCUUCUAAGUGCUGGGAUUAAAGGUAUGAGCCACCAGGCCAUUAACAAUCUUUUAUCUUGGUGACCUCAAACAGUUCUAGCAGAUCAGUAUACAGGUGGGAGGAAAUCCUCAGGAAUCAUUGGAGACCUAGAGGUUUAGAAGUCUAUAGUGAAUCCAGGGACACAUGAGAAUAUCCUCUGACUUUACAUUAUGAUCUUUUCUAAAGGAUUAGUUAUGGGAGAAAUUCAUCACCAUUAAGCAACAAAACACUGGCAACACCAGGGCAUGUAUAUGAUGCUCACUUUCAAAUUCAAUUACAUAGGUUGGUAGGUAGGUAGGGAGAGAGAGAGAGAGAGAGAGAGAGAGAGAGAGAGAGAGAGAGAGAGAGAGAGAGAUCCAGGUUAAUAGGUAAACAAAAGCAAAGGACUAGCAAUAUGGCUCAACUAGUAAAGUGGAACUACCACCAAACUUGAUGACCUGAUUUUAAUCCCUAGAACAAACAGAGUGGAAAGAACUGAUUUUUGCAAGUUGUCCACUAACAUCCACAUGUGCCAUGGUGUGCAGUCACACAAAAUAAAACUAUAGAAUUCUUUAGGAUUGAAGAGAUGUCUCCAUGGUUAAGAAUUCUUGCUGCUUUUGCAGAGAACCCAGUUUGAUUAGUGGCAUCCACAUUUGAAGGCUCAAAAACCAUUUGUAACUCCACUUCCAAGGGAUCUAGAACCUUCUUCUGGACUCUUGGCACCUGCACUCAUACUCACAGGCACACAUUUUUUUUUUUUUCAUUU